CUUCGUAAUACUCUUAUGAGUAUUACUAACUGCCUAACAAGACAGUAAGAUCCCAGUUUUAUAAAGGAAGACUUUGAGCUGAAGAGAAGCAACUUUUCCAGGAACAAGUAGCUGUUGUUUAUAGAGCUGGGACUUCUGAGUUCGAGACACUUUCCAUAUGUCAGGCUCGCUCUAGUUAACUUGCUGAGCUGUACUGCCCUCAGUUCAUGACUACUUCACCUUACUUUUUUUUCUUUUUUAAUUGUACAUGCUAAAUUUUAAAGUUUGUAGAUUGUACAAAUUUGAAGUAUAUGGGACAAUGGAAGUUUUGAUAUUACCUCUGAUAUUGUCUGAAAUAAUCUAAGAACUUAAUAUAUUUGGUAAUUGUUUUUCAUAUUAGUAUUCAAGUAGUAAUAUUUAUUUAUCACUGUUUUUAUACAUAGCCUUUACCAACUGAUUGUCGACUACAGAGACGGAAAGAUACCAAAUACUCCCCCUCAAAAUAGCGACCUAGGACAGAGUUCUGCUAAGGAGAGUUUACCUUCUUUGCAUACUGGAACAGAAAAUACCCAAGAAAAGUUGCAAUUGUUCGGCAGGGACAACGAAGAAGAAAUGGUUGUCGAGUUGGGAACCAGCAAUGGCAGCUGCAGGGAUUCACUGAAGAAUGUUGAGCAGAAGAUAAUUCACCCCAACAUGAUACUGAUGAUUCACGGUCUCCAUCAGAUGAUGACUUAGAUCUUGCUCCCAAGAAAGUCCGGCAUCCAAGAUUCACAGAGCCAAUUCAGGCCUGGCAAGAACCCAUGAGAAACACAGAGGCAAAAGAUAGUGUUUUGAAACCAGGAAGUAGCACCUUCUUUGAGGACAAUAAUUCUGAUAAUAAAAAUGAAGAUGUGGUUACAACCUUUUCCCAAACAUCAACCGAAGUUCCAGACUUUUCUCAUCCUGCCUUCCCAGCACCAGAACCUCUCAUGUCUUCAGCAGUUCUUGGUGUUACAGAGGAAGAAGCAACAAAGCCAAAAACUGGGGGAAAAGAGAACGGCACUCGGACUAUUAACAGUGUUCCAAAGGAGCAAGCAGAUCAUAGCACAUUGAUUUCUGUUGAUGGAGCACACAAAAGUGACAAAGACGCAGCAUCAGCAUUAGGAUUAGAAGAAAAGGAAGAUGUCAAAUCACCCUGGAAUUCUGAGAGUACCUCCAAGAUUCAACUAUCGAACUAUGUUGAUCAUUUAUCUGGAGCUGCAGGUCUAGGAGAAAAAAAUUCAUUAAAUGGACAAAUAGAAAAUUCGACUGAAAAAUAUCCUCACUUGAAGCCUGCAGUUGGAGUGAAAGAUUCUUUUCCUAAUAAAACAGGAGAAAUGAAGAAUUUACAAACAUUCAAAUCAGACUGGGAUUCUACUAGUUUGAGCCUCAAUGAUGAGGCUGGUCAAAGAGCUGAGCAUUUGAAACUUGAUAAAUGUCCAUUGGUAUCACAAUCAGUGACCACAAACCAGUCAUCACCCACAGAACUGAGGCAGAUGGCCCUAGUAGAUAAAGACCAGACGAAUAUUGGAGCCAUGUGUCUUUCAGAAAAUGCAGCGCUCCGUGGCCUGUGUGAGUCACAGCUGCCAGAGAACAGAAGCAGCAAAGAAGCAGACCCAGACUUCCAAAGGGCAUCUGAGGAAGAGCAAGAAAGACUUGAUGGGAGUGAAAAUAACCUCUCACAGGAUAAAUGUGUUUUACAAGCAUGUACUGUGAAAGAAAAGAAAUCUGAAGAUAACAUCAAGCAGAUUAAUCUUUCACUUGUGCAUCUGCAAAAAAUGCCUAUAGAACCAGAAAUGAAUAAGGAACAUGACAGAAAGGACAUACCUGUAUCUUCAAAACAUUCUUGUGUGGAGAAGCAUGAGGACAUGUGGGUCAAACAAGGCAAAUUCGACUGGAAAAAUAAUUCAGAAUUUAUCACAAAGAAGUUAAAUCAGAAAAUCAGUAAAAUCCACGAAAAAUGCAAAAUUACUUUUCAUCGUAAGGUAGAGCCACUACAUGACAACUCUGAACUACAUGGUGACUUAAAGGAACUACCUUCCAAUGUGACAGAUAAUAUAUUUGAUUUAGGGGAAAAUGAUGCACCUGGAGCCUCUGUCUCUGUAGGAUUCCAGGCAUUCUCUGAACACAAAGAGUCCAGUCUUGAAAAUGUUUUUCCAUCUUAUUCCAAGUCUGAGUCAAGAAAGUAUGGUUGCCAGUCAUCUUCAAAACUUUGUUUAAAUGAAAAUAAGUUGGAUGAAAAUGAUAAACCAGACACUGAACACGUUUUUAGCAAAACUGAGGAGAGUUUUUGUAAUGGUAGAGAAAAUGAAGUAAGGAACCGAGUUCCAUUUAAAGUGAAAGAAGACCAAGAAUUUGCUACAAAAAGAAAACCUAAAAGGAACCAAAAUACUCACUGGAAAUCAGACAUUGGACGUGCACCUCAGGUUGAAGUAGAAGAGAACAGGAACAAAAGCAGUGAACUGAAAGGAUCAGAAACCAUGUGUGAUGGCAGCUAUCAUAAAGGAUUAACUCAGCAGAGGAAGAGGAGAAAAACUGAUGACCAGCAGUUUCCUGCUCUACAGAAAGGUGAUUCUGAUAGUAGCUGUCCUGGCUUGUGUAUGACAGAAGUAAAGAAGAACGAAAGUGGAAAACGGACAUUAAAAGCAUCUGUGACUUCACAUGUAUUUGCGAAGACUGCCUCGCUGGCUGGUGGUCUCCAACACAUGAAUGACAACAGCAGUUUAAGUGAAGGAGAUCAAGGUUGUGGCAGGUCUUCAAAGAAAACGUCUACUAAAAAGGACAAGGUCAAAGAGCAGAUUAAUUCUGUGGAUGGCCUCGAUGACUUAACUCUGUCACGGGAAACAGCUUCCGAGGAUUGCAAGUCGCUUUACCCUAACUGUAAGAAUACCCUGAGGCUAAUCGAACAACUUGGCCUUGAGAGUAAAGAUUCUGGUAGGUUAUUGAAAAUUCAGGAUCCAGUUCAUUCAUUCAGAUCAAUAGAACUGAAAGAAUCUCACUGUGAACUACUUAGAGGAAAAAUUAAAGAAAUGGAAAAUAAGGUGAACUGGCUACAAACAGAGCUGUUGAAAACAAGAGAAGCAAAAUCACAGUUAAAACUUCAAAAUGUGGAAUGGGAAUGAGAGCUCUGCAGCAUGAGAUUCACGUUAAAACAAGAAACAAAGAAGAAGAAAAAUGCUUAUAUAUUAUAUGAGAACACUAAGGAUGAUUUAAAAAGAAAAGAGAAACAAUACAAUGAGCAAGUUUACCUGAAGCAACAACUUGAAAUCACUGCCCGAGCACUACAAUGCAAACUGAAGAGCAUAAGAAAUAAACUGAAUCAGGUUGAAGAAGAGAGAAAUGACGCUCAGAGACAGCUUUCUCGAGAGCAGAAUGCCAGAGUAAUACAAGAUGAAAUCCUGGCCCAUCAUCUUUCCCAACAAAAGGAGGCAGAAAAGGCUAAUGAGAAAAUGAAUGCUGAGGACACAAUGGAUUUUGAGCUGUCUGACCCAAAAGAUAACAGCGAGGUGCUUCCUCAGCAAAUUCCUGAAGCUGGAAGUCAAUUCCGUGACCAAGAAAUUGAGCUCCACCCCAAGAGAGAUGCUCUUAGACCAACGACGUUGGUAUUAGAAUGUGUGUGUAGAGACCAAGGCCAAGCCCAGUGUUCAAACAAGGAAACUGAAUCCUUGUCUCAGAGCAAACAAGGGAAAGUGAACCAAUACAUCGGAAAGCAGGCAUUCUUGAAGGAGAGAGUAUGUGAACUAUGAAGUGAAAACAUGUUGCUUCAACAGCAACUGGAAGUUGCUCAAAAUGAGGCCAAAAGUAAAAAGACAAUACUUAAUAUCCCAGAGCCAUUUCUGGAUCACAUGGGAAAACUUGAAGCCAUGAGCAAACGAGUUCUGAUGCUGGAGGAAGGAAACAAGGAAUUAAUCAAUGAAUACAUAUGUUUAAAGGACAGACUGUAUCAGUAUGAAACUGACAGAGCAGAAAUGGAAGCCUGUAUGAGACAGCUUCAGCAAGAGCUGACUGACACCCGAAAGAAAGUGUCCAUGUUGGAAGCUUCCCUGGAGGUGAGAGCACAUCAUCACACUAACUCAGAAAAUGAGAAGCAGGAGUCAGAGAGGAGGUCACAUCAAACUGCGAACCCAAAUGCUGAUCUUCCAGCAAAAGUGAAAUCUACAUCUUCAGUACUUCUCCAUCUGAGUGCAGAAACUCAACUUUUUCUAAAGGAGUUAUUAUCUAUGAAAGAAUUGCAAAAGAAAUCGGAAACACUAGAGGAGGAGAAAAAGAAGUUGGAAGAAGUAGUAAAACUCAGACAUCACCUAAAAAUGAACGCAGUGGAACGCAGUCCAGUAGAGCAGUACAAAUGGGAGACUGAAGAGCGAGCAAGAUGGGAUGUAGUAGAAAAACUGAAAGAACUCAGUCAAGUCGUGCAGUACAAAUGGAAGACUGAAGAGCGAGCAAGACAGGAUGUAGAAGAAAAACUGAAAGAACUCAGCCAAUUUUUACAGAUGCAGAAGAAGGUGAUGAAUAAUAUAGCUAGAGAAUUAAAGGAAGCUACUACUGAACUUCAGUCUGAGUCCUACAGACUCUCUUGUAGGCUCGAUGGAUGAAUCAAGUCUAAGAGAAGAUCUGGUUUCGAAAGCAUGUCAAGAAUAUGUGGAGAUUUUGAAGAAAAAGUGUACAAUCUACAAGAUAAAUAGUAAACAUUUUACCUGCUGGGCUGUUUGCCUAACAUUUUAGUUAUUUCCUGUUAAGUAAGAUACUGGCAAUGUUUAUUAAAGGAAAAUAUUUUUGU